UAAGCUAAGUUGCACAAGUUAUGAUGUACAAUGAGUUUUUGUUUAAGCCAUAUGUGUUUUAAUUUGAAGGAAAUGCUUCCUAAUAAAGGACACUCCAACUCCUUUAACAUAAGCUAAAAUGUCCUAUUAAACAAGUAUUUAUUUCACAAAAGUUUUUUGCUAGAAUAAUUUGUCCAAAGAACAAAAGGUGUGGAAUCAGAAACUGAAAGGAGUAAAGAACAUUGAAACCAUAUCAAUAGAAUACUAUAUAUUGAUACGAGGAAUAUAUGUUUAUUUAUUAGCAAGAGUCGCAUAGAACCUAUCUUGCACACAUUAUAAAAAGUAAUUACAGCUUGAAAAACAUGAAAUCAAAUAAUGUUGAGCAACAACAGAAUGAAGCAACUGAAGAAGGUAACAUAGAUCUCCUCUACAAAAUAAUUAAAGAUGAUCAAUCAAUUUUGGAGAGUAUCGAUUCGAAACAAUUUGUGGAAACUCCUUUACAUAUCGCUGCAGCUAUGGGUCGUAUCCAGUUCGCCAAUGAAAUUAUGAGGUUGAAACCUUCAUUUGCUCGUAAGCUAAAUGAACAAGGAUUCAGCCCUAUCCACCUUGCUAUGCUAAACAGCCGAAAGUGGAUGGUGUUUAAUUUUGUUGACAUGAAGAAGCAACUUGUUACAGAUCAAGGAAGAGAAGGCUUAACUCCUCUUCAUUUAGCAAGUGAAAUUGGUGAUAUUGAAUUUUUAGCUAAGUUUAUUUAUGCUUGUCCAGAAUCAAUUGAAUGCUUGACUGCGAGGAAUGAGACUGCACUACAUAUUGCUAUUAAGAAUCAACAGUUUGAGGCUCUUCAAUUUCUUGUUGGCUGGCUCGUAAGAAAUGAGGAGAGAGGUGUUACAGAGUUGGAAAAUAAAAUACUUAACCAAAAGGAUGUGGAUGGAAACACUAUUUUGCACAUUUCAGCUCAAAGUAGUGAUCCACGGCACAGACAGUUCGAUUGUUGGUAAAAGACUGGGAUAAAUUUGAAGGCAAAGAACUUAGACAACAAAACAACAUUAGACAUGGCAACCAAUGAAGGUGCAAAAAGUGGCUCACAAGUCAUUGACAUACGUUCACAAGAACUAAUAAUACCAAUGACGACACUAUAUGAUAAAAUGUUAAUUUUAUUACGUCGCCUUAGUAACGAUAUAUCAAAUAAUCAACGCGAAACUUUGCUGAUAGUUGUGACACUUGUUGCGACUGCCACUUAUGAAUCAGCAAUGAGUCCCCCUGGUGGAAUUUAUCAGGCUGAUGCUGGUGACAAUAAUGUGAAAAUCAGUUCCUCCAAUUCUACUAUUUCUAACCCAGGAAAUGUUGGGAAAUCGAUUUUGUCAAGACAUGAUUUCUUAGUGUUUUCAUUGAUGAAUAUGUUUUCUUUUUACGAAUCAAUUACAGUAAUAUUGUUUUUGAUGCCAGGUGGGAUAGUUGGCGCUCUACUGUUAGAUACAGUUAUUUUCUUUGUCGUGAGUUAUAUAAUUUUUCUGGUGAAAAUAUCCCCUACACAUUUCAAUGAGAUGAUCAUCCUGUAUGGUUUCAUCAUCAUCAUGUCUGCCGUAUUAUUUAUGUUCUACCAGAAACUUAAGAAAACACCAAUCAAGGGGGCAACACAGAUCAUACCACUGUCGUGCCGGCUGAAUUCACCAACAACAAUAUCUCCGUACAAUAAUUUCUAUUUUUCGUUCUUAACCUUUUUCUUGUUCAAUCUUACCAAAUUGUUAAUUACUAUAUCAUAUAUUGUAUUCUAUUCCAUCUA